GAGAGAGAUCUCUGGUGGCCUUCGUUUUUGUUGUCACUGUUAGACCUCCCCUAAUUUAACUGUUGUUCCACCCUUUGUCCCCAAAAUAAUCUGGACCCGCCCUGUCGGCGGUCGGUCCUUCUUCUCUUCUCUUAUAACAGGUGUCACACCUGUCCUCUCCGUCUGCCUGGUGCAACUCCGUGAUUUUCUUCUUACCGCCGAACAAACCUCCAAGACUGUCAAAAUGGCCAGCAGAGGAACUGUGAAAGCCAGUGGAAACUUCAAUGCCAAGGCAGAUGCUGAGGUCUUGCACAAGGCCAUGAAAGGGCUGGGGACCAACGAGGCUGCCAUCUUGCAGCUGGUGACUGCUCGCAGCAACCCCCAGAGGCAGCAGAUCAAGGCCGCCUACAAAACUCAGUUUGGAAAGGAUCUGAUACAUGUCCUGAAGGGAGAGCUGGGUGAUAAAUUUGAGACCCUGAUCGUGGCUCUGAUGACCCCACCCAUCACUUAUGAUGUGACAUCCCUCCACCACGCCAUCAAGGGGGCAGGAACAGAUGAAAAGGUCCUGGUGGAGAUCCUCGCCUCCAGAACACCUCAGCAGGUGAAGGACAUCGUCGCUGCUUAUAAACAAGAGUACGAUCAUGACCUGGAGAAGGACAUAUGUGGUGAAACUUCAGGUCACUUCCAGAAUCUUCUGGUUAUUCUGCUGCAGAGAUGUUUUGUGUCUCGUCAGGCAAACAGGCAGGCGGGGAUCCAGCAGGAAAAUAUCCAGAGUGAUGCUGAGGCCCUCUUCAAGGCAGGAGAGCAGAAGUUCGGCACUGAUGAAGAAUCAUUUAUCACCAUCCUGGGAAGCCGCAGUGCAGAACAUCUCAGGAAAGUAUUUGAUGCUUACCUGAAGUUGUCUAAACAUGAGAUCGAGGAGAGCAUCAAGAGGGAAACAUCAGGAGGACUGGAAGAUCUGCUUCUCGCUGUCGUGAAGUGUGCUCGGAGCGUUCCAGGCUAUUUUGCUGAGAUCCUAUACCAUGCGAUGAAGGGUACAGGGACUGAUGAUGCCACCCUGAUCAGAGUGAUGGUGAGUCGCAGUGAGGUGGACAUGUUGGACAUCAGGGCUGAGUUCAAGAAGAAGUUUUCCUGCUCGCUGUAUUCAAUGAUCAAGAGUGAAACCGGCGGUGACUACCAAAAUGCCUUACUGUUGCUCUGUGGUGGAGAUGAUGCAUAAACAGGUCAACAAGCAAUACAAGAGAAAGCUUACCUGAAGUGCCUCUUCUCUAAGUUGGUCUGUUGUGCCUUCAAUUUGCUAACACAAAGUAAUAAUUCAUCACAACAAAACUUUCUUGUGGGCAUGGGAGAGGGAGCGAGAUGGCCCAUCAGGUCUUUUUAAACUAGAAUACCAAAUGUCUUUGAAAGGUAGCUAACACUAAUACCAAAAUUGUUUUGUUUGGACUUUGUAUGGCAGAAACAAUAAAUGCAAUAAUAAACAUUUUAGCUACAA